UCAGUGUAGGCCAAGCAGUGCCACCUGUCAGUGUCCAUCAGUGCCUUGUGCCAGUGCCCAUCAAUGCCACAUAUCUGUGCCUACCAGUGCACAUCAAUGCCACAUAGUGCCCAUCUGAGCUGCCUUUCAGUGUCACCCAUCAGUGCCAGUCAGUGCUGCCAAUCAGUGCCAUAUCAGUGCCUCCUCAUCAGUGCCCAUCAGUGCCACCUAUCAGUGUCCAUCAGUGCAGCCUAUCAGUGCCCAUCACUGCAGCCUCAUUAGCGCACAUCAGUGAAGGAGAAAAAUCACUUAUUUACAAAAUUUUAUAA